CCCCCACUGAAGAGGAUGCCCUCCUGGCUCAAAGAGCCCACGUUUCGCCCAGGGGCCUCCCCUCUUGCGGCUCACGGGAGGGUCUUCCUCCCCCCCCUCCUCCAGCAGCAGACUCCUCCUGGCACUGGCACUGCCCAGUACCCCCCACCCCCAGCACAGACUCCCCCGGUCGGUCAAGCAGCAGCCCCCCGUCCUGGCAUCGAGGAGGAGGAGGACGACGAGGAGGAGGAGGGAGCCCCCUUCACUCUUGCAGGGGCUGCAUUGGGGGGACCCCAGGAGGAUCCCCCAGAGAGCCCCCACACCUCCCUCUCCCAGCCGCAGCAGCCGCCCCCUUUUAGGAGGAGACGGGGGGGGACCCCCACCUCUCCCUCCUCCUCCUCCUCUCCCUGCAGAUCCCCCUCCCCGCUCAAGCAAGCCAGCAGCUCAGGCGGCCCACAGACAGGAGACCCUCCGCGGUGGCCCAGCCUCUCCUCCUCCCCCUUCUCCCCGCCCAGAGAGCGGCGGCGGCGGCGGCAGGGCCCGUCAGGCUCGGCUUCGGGCCUAGGAGGAGGAGGCGGCGUCCUCGUCGUCCAGAGAGGCGCUUGGGCGAGGCUGCUGCUUCCUGGGUUGCCGGUGGCGGCGGCGGCGGCCCGAAGAGCUGCUCCGCCAGCGACAGCGAGCCUGAGCCCUGAGCCCGGCCGGCCCCCGCGUCGGUUUCCGGAGGAGGAGCUGCUGGAGGCGCCGCCACUGCCUGGGCCCGUCGUCGUCAGCUCGAGCUGCGGAGGAAGGAGAGGGCGAGGCGGGCGGGCGGGCGGGCGAGCGAUGGAGGAGGCCUGGCCUGGGCGCCGGGCGGGCGGCCCGAGGGGGCGGCCGCUGCACCCGCAAAGAGACAAAGAGAGCGAAGCGGGGCCCAUGGCGGCGGCGUCGCCCGAGCUCUUCGAGGAACCCUUUGUGGCUGAUGAGUAUAUUGAACGCCUGGCAUGGAGGACUCCCGGUGGAGGUUCCCGAGGUGGUGUGGAAGCUUUUGAUCCCAAAAGAUUACAAGAAGAAUUUGUAAAUCAUAUCAAUGAACUGAAGUUACUCGAUGAACGAAUCCAGAGAAGAGUGGAAAAGUUAGAGCAGCAAGUCCAGAGAGAAGCCAAGGAAUUUGCCAAGAAAGUUCAAGAGCUGCAGAAAAGUAACCAGGUUGCCUUCCAACACUUUCAAGAGCUAGAUGCGCAUGUCAGCUACGUGGCAACUAAAGUCUGUCACCUUGGCGACCUGCUGGAGGGGGUAAACACGCCACGACAACGGCUAGUGGAGGCUCACAAACUUAUGAAAUACUUUAAUGAGUUUCUGGAUGGAGAGCUGAAGUCUGAUGUUUUUACUAACCCUGAAAAGAUUGAAGAGGCAGCAGAUAUUAUCCAGAAGCUGCAUCUGAUAGCACAAGAAUUACCUUUUGACAGAUUUUCUGAAGUAAAAUCCAAAAUAGCAAGUAAGUACCAUGAUUUAGAGUGCCAACUGAUCCAGGAAUUUACCAAUGCGCAGAGAAGAGGGCAGAUCUCCAGGAUGAGAGAAGUAGCUGCAGUCUUACUUCACUUUAAGGGCUAUUCUCACUGUGUUGAUGUAUAUAUAAAGCAAUGCCAAGAGGGUGCCUACUUAAGGAGUGAUAUUUUUGAAGAUACGGCUAUUCUCUGCCAGAGUGCGAACAAGCAGGUUGGAGAUAUAUUUAGCAGUCCAGAGACUGUAAUGGCCAAACUUAUCCAGAAUAUCUUCGAAAUCAGACUUCAGAGUUAUAUCAAAGACCAGUUGGAAGAACAUAAGAAGUCUGAUGCAGAGCAGUAUCUUCAGAGCCUCUAUGAGCUGUACACAAGGACUACUAAUCUUUCAAGCAAAUUGAUGGAGUUUAACUUGGGUACUGAUAAGCAGACUUUCUUGUCUAAGCUUAUCAAAUCCAUCUUCAUUUCCUACUUGGAGAAUUACAUUGAGGUGGAAAUUGGUUAUUUGAGAAGCAGGAGCUCCAUGAUUUUACAGCGCUAUUAUGAUUCAAAAAAUCACCAGAAGAGAGCCAUUGGGAGUGGAGGGAUUCAAGACCUCAAAGAGAGAAUAAGGCAACGGACAAACCUGUCACUGGGCCCAAGUAUUGAUACCCAUGGUGAGACGUUCCUGUCCCAGGAUGUUGUGGUUAAUCUCUUGCAAGAAACUAAACAGGCUUUUGAAAGGUGCCACAGGCUCUCUGAUCCUUCAGAUUUGCCAAAGAAUGCCUUCAGAAUUUUCUCUUUGCUCGUGGAGUUCUUGUGUAUUGAGCACAUCGAUUAUGCUUUGGAAACUGGUCUGGCUGGCAUUCCUUCUCCAGACGCCAAGAACGCAAACCUUUACUUCCUGGAUGUCGUCAACCAGGCCAAUACCAUUUUCCAUCUCUUUGACAAGCAGUUCAAUGACCAUCUGAUGCCAUUAGUCAGCUCUUCUCCUAAGCUGUCUGAGUGCCUUCAGAAGAAAAAGGACAUCACAGAGCAAAUGGAGGUGAAACUGGACAUGGGCAUCGAUAGGACACUGAAUUGCAUGAUUGGACAGAUGAAGCACAUCUUGGCUGCGGAACAAAAGAAGACCGAUUUCAAACCAGAAGAUGAGAACAGUGUUUUGAUUAUGGUUCAGUACACUAAUGCCUGUGCCAAAGUCUGUGCCUACGUCAGAAAGCAAGUGGAAAAGAUUAGAAAUUCCAUGGAUGGCAAGAACGUGGACACUGUUCUGAUGGAGUUUGGAGUCCGCUUCCAUCGGCUCAUCUACGAGCACCUGCAGCAGUACUCCUACAGCUGCAUGGGGAGCUUGUUGGCCAUCUGCGAUGUGGCUGAGUACAGGAAGUGUGCCAAUGAGUUCAAGAUUGCGUUGGUACUGCAGCUGUUUGACACGCUCCAUUCCCUUUGCAACCUCCUUAUCGUAGCUCCAGAAAACUUGAAGCAGGUCUGCUCGGAAGAGCAGUUCGCUAUCCUGGACAAGAACAUCCUCCAUUCCUUUGUUCAGCUCCGCCUGGAGUACAGAUCGGCUCGUCUCGGUCGCCACUUCAGCUGAGAGUGCAGGAGAAGCAAAGCCAGGGGUUUCCCCAAGACUUGGCUUACUAGAUAGCACAGCUUCUUUGGGGGUGGGUGGGGCAAGGAGGGCACUGACUGAGAGGCAGGGGGUGAGUGCCCAGAACAGAAACCACGCCGCAACGUAAACGGGCCUUUCCAUUGUCCUCUUUUCCUAUUCCUUGUGAAAUAAAACUGUUUCCAGAGGUGAAUGUUCUGCAAAAGCACUUUCUGUGGUGCAUUCAUGGGGACACUGUGUUGCUGCAAGCAAGCAGGUGAGGCACUUGGAGGUGGUGAUGGUGCAGUGGGAAUGCCCCUUUUCAGCAUUUGUCCCAAGUUGAAUGACUUAGAUUUCAGUGCCUCUUAAUGUCAGCAGAAAUGAGUCACCCCGCCAUUCCCUCCCCCUCUCCUCCCCUCCCCCAUGCCACAGAGGCAAUGUGGGUAAUCUGCUCUCUCAAAAUGUCAGCCACCACAUGUGAAGGUUUGCUCUGAUUAACCCUGGAAUCUGCAGUGAGCAAGGUUGCCAGGUAUUGGGAAUGGUGUCCCCCUAAAGAGCUGCAUUUUAUUCCGGAAGCAGAGCUCUCUCCAGCAAGCCCCCUCUUCUUCUUUUCCCCUCCUCACUCCUUCCUCUGAAUGCCACCUGUAACCAACAAUGGCCCAGUUCUUGCUGCCACUUUCCCUUUCAGUUCCAAGCCUGUACACGUGUGCAGUAUCCUGGCCAAACAGGGCGAUGGGAGGAGUUGUUCUUGCUGCUGAUGGGGAGUAGCAGAGAUAACCUCCUGGUGGGCCUCUGCUGCCUCUACAGCUGCACAGUGGGCAGAAAUCCAACAACCUGGACUUUUCUUCCGACAUGGAGAGGGAAAGUGAUGGGGCUCAGAAAUGUUUCACCUUCUGAAUGUUAUGCCUUUGAUGCAGAUGUUAAAAAUAAAGGAGCCAUGGCAGGACAAAAAUUGGCAGCAUACAGAGAA